AUGCAACCUCCCAUCACACCUUUCUCUGGUCAAGAAUUUGUACCCUCAAGCAAGGAGAAGAUACAUCUCAACAGCAUACCACCAUCUGCGACGCUGAAUCUCCGAGAGACACCGAGCGAGAACGGGGAAGCCUCGCAACGAGCGAGUAGCUGCGACACGUGGUUCAAGGCACGCAUACCAGGCUUCACAUCCCCAAGCUUCAAGAGCUUCGCAAUCACCCGGGCAUAUAUGAUCAAAGUCAAAAUUUGCAUUGGGAUUGGCGGGAAGAAGUUCGAACAUGAGCUUGGACCGAAUUGGCAAAACGCAGGAAGGAUAACAGGUUGA